AUGACGGCGGGGCGAGCUCUUGUGUUCGUGUUGGCGUUGAGUUGGGCUAACGCUUUGCCCACACCGGGUGAACUAGAUUUCGUUGAAAAUGUUCGCGAUGUCGGGAUGCCCAGGAUCGUCUCGGGCUGGGAAGCCGAGGAGGGCCAGAUCCCGUACCAGCUUUCCCUCCGUAUGGUUGCCAAAAACGGAGCGGUGUUCAGCUGCGGCGCCACCAUCAUCCACAGCGAGUGGGGGCUCACCGCUGCGCACUGCACCGCCGAGCGUGUAACCAUCGUCAUUCGCGCUGGUGGUCGCGCCCUGAGCCGCCCUCAGCUGCUGUUUGAGACGACAGACUAUUACAACCACCCUGAGUACGAUGAGUCGCUCACAAUAGUGCAGCCCCACGACAUCGGCGUCAUCAAGUUUAAUAGAGUCCUAGAGUUCAAUGACCUCGUUCAGCCCAUCAGACUGCAGGCGUCUGCGGAUAAGUAUAAAAACUACGACAUGAUCCGAUUGCAGACCAGCGGUUGGGGACGAACAUGGACCAACGGCGUCGGCCCCGAAGUGCUGAACUGGGUGUACCUCCUCGGCACCAGCAACGCGCGCUGCAGAGCCGCCUUCGGUGGAAGCCCCAUCGUCGUCGACUCCACCAUCUGCGCCAGCAACUACAACGUCACCAGCCAGUCCACUUGCCAGGGUGACAGCGGUGGCCCGUUGGUCGUGAUUGACGUGGACGGUCUCCCAUCCGAAGUUGGUGUCACCUCCUUUGUGUCCGGCACUGGCUGCCACACUGGCUUCCCUGCUGGUUUUAUCCGCCCGGGGCCUUAUCACGAAUGGUUGACGGAAGUGACUGGCAUUGACUUUGACUGGGACCCAUCUUCUACCACGCCCACCUCUCCCUCGCCACCUGAAGAAGAUUCCGAAGAAUCUGAAGAAGGUGAAGAAGAUACAUCUUCUUCAUCAUCUUCUGAAGAAGGUGAAGAAGAUGAUUAA